AUGGUGAAUAGAUUAGAAGUGAGACUCCAUCAUAUCCAGACUCCAGAACUGUCUCUAUCUCUAGCUAAACCAUCUACAACCCACCACCACACCUCCACAAUCAGCACCACCGUCGCCACCGCACUCCACCAUCACCACCACCACUACACCAUCACCACCACAACACCCACCACCGCUGCACCUCCACAACACCCACCACUGUCGCACAUACACACCAUCAUCCUCACCCUCCUCAUCUCCGCCUACCUCACCUUCGUCACCGACAACUCCGGCGACGUAAACACUCUACUUUUCGAAAACCCAAGACUCUGGAAAGCCUACGUCUGCUCCUACGGCCGCGUUUACUGUGCCCCAUUCCCAACCAACCCCUCCAUCCGUGUAGUCGCUAGAAUCGACCUCAACCACAGCGACAUCGCCGGUUACCUCCCGUCGGAGAUCGGUCUGUUAACAGAUCUAGCCCUGUUCGACAUCAACUCAAAUCGGUUUUGUGGAACCGUUCCUACAAGUUUUAAAAACUUGACAUUACUUUAUGAGUUAGAUAUAAGUAACAACCGGUUCGUUGGAAUUUUUCCAACGGUGGUGUUAUCGUUGCCGGCUUUGAGGUAUUUAGAUCUCCGGUUUAAUGGUUUUGGCAAAUAA